AUGGAAGGCCCGGGCUCUGGCGACUCCGGCUCCCCGCGGGGCGACGCGCCCGCCCUGCUCCCGCCGGCGCCGCCCGCCCUCCCGGCCCCGUCCGCUGGUGACCCCGCCGCCCCCCUCUCCCCGCCUCCCCCCUCCUCGCCGUCCCCUGGACCCCCGGGUAGGGUGGUCUGGGCGGAUCUGGCUGAGGACGCCGACCGCGCCGCCGGCCGGCCGGUGGAGUGCCGCGACCGGGUCCCCCCGCCCGCCCCGGCGCGCCCGCCGCUGUCCCGCUCUGCUGGCGGCCUUACUCCCGGGGGUGGGAGUUCGGCCGCCCGGGCGCGGACAAGGCCUCCCCGCCGGCUGCCGUGUGCUCCGCCGGGCAUUGGGGAGAAAGCCAAGGACUUGGGCCCCGGGAUUGGCCGCCGUCGCCGCCGGAACGCUGGCUGGGGUGUCGCCGGCCGAGCCGACUUUGGCCCCGCUCGCUCGUCGUGGUGCUCCUCUGGCCGGCUCGCCCUGGCCCGGCCGGCCGCGCCGCCGCCGCCGCCGCAGGUUGUCGGCUCCCCCGCGCUCUCCCGGCACUCCCCCUUUCGCCCCUUCAUUGCUUUCUUCGGGUCCUCAAGACUGUGCUGCUCAACGUCCCCCCGUCGCCCUGCCUUGCCUCGCCCCCCCCCCUCGCCAGCCGUCGGCCGCCUUACCCGCGCCGGCGUCGGCUGGGGAUGCCCUAGCCGGGCGCGUGGUUCCCGUCCCUGGGCUGGGCCGCCCGAUUCUGGGCUUGCGGCCUGGAGUGGGCCUGCUCCCCUCCCCGCACUGGCUGUCUGGCCCGCCUGA